GCGUGCUGGAGUGUAUAUAAAGCUAACAGCCACACACACUCACGCCAUUAUUCACUAUGGAGCUCUUGGUUCUAGUCUCGGCACUGGCUGCAGUGACAACUGCCGCGCCACAAGGCUACAAUCUGCCUACACCUGGACAGCCUGGGCCUGGUGUUCCACUCCCUGCAGCUGCUGGAAUCUCUGGUGGCUUAGGACAUGGGUCUUUUGGUGAUUCCAGUGAGGGUUUCCUGAAUGGAGGCUCUGCUGGAGGGUGCCAAGAGGGAGAAGUUCUACACGUUGACGGGAAAUGCUAUGCCCCUGUAGUCAACAGGAAAGUCUACGUGUAUGAGUCUCCUGCUCUCCCUCCCGCUCCCAUUGGUCCACCACCAAGCAUUCCUCCUCCUCGAGUGGAUCAUAACAUCUUAUUUGUUCAUCUUCCUGAGGAAGGACCUGGCCCUGAGCCAUUGAUUAUUCCUCCCCCAAGGACAGAAAGCGUUGUGUACAUCCUUAACAAGCAGGAUGAACAACAGCAGCGUGUCAUUGAAGUACCUGCCCAUCCUCCAUCUGAUCCUGAGAUUUACUUUGUCAACUAUGCUGAGGGAGAAAAUCCUGCUCUUCCCAUCGGCGUGGAUCUCCAGACUGCUCUCAGCGCAGCUUCUCAGGCCGGAGGUCAAGUCAUCGGCGGAGCUGGUGGACUUGGUGGAGCCGGUGGACUUGGCGGUGCCGGUGGUCUUGGUGCUGGAGCUGGUGGACUUGGCGGUGCCGGUGGAUUUGGCGCUGGUGCCGGCGGACUUGGCGGUGCCGGUCUUGGUGCUGGAGCCGGUGGUCUUGGCGGUGCCGGUGGACUUGGCGGUGCCGGUGGACUUGGUGGUGCCGGUGGAUUUGGCGCUGGAGCCGGCGGACUUGGGUCCGGAGGAUUUGGUGGCGCCAGUGGACUUGGUGGUGCCGGUGGUCUUGGUGCUGGAGCAGGUGGAUUUGGCGCUGGAGCCGGCGGACUUGGCGGUGCCGGUGGUCUUGGAGGUGGAGCCGAUGGAUUUGGCGUUAGCUUUACUGGCGCUAGCGGCGAAGACUUCAGCGGUUUUGCUCAAGGUCCUCAGUUCGAUGACUCCGGGGAGGCCCAUGGCGUCUCGUCAGUUGUCGCCACUUCCCCCUCGAGGCAGUACUCGCUUCCUUAGAGGAAAGUUGUUUAUGCCUGAUUAUCUUAGUUUCUAUAUCCGGUAUAACUUGUUUUCAUUCUUCAACUAAAAGUUAUGUUUUCUUAAA